GUUCGCAUUCAUUCAUCCCUCCUUCAACUGCAAACUCCGCCCAACCUUUUAUCUUCUCCAACUCUCUUCACAAUCUCCAUAAAAAGACAAAACCACAAAACCAAUUGACCAACCACAAUACCAUCAUCAUGUCCCAACCAAAUCCUCCUCAGCACUUUAUCUGUCCCAUGACAUUGGAAGUCAUGAAGCAUCCUUACAGGCACCGCCAAACAAAAUUCAACUUUGAACGAGACAGCAUCCUGGAAUGGAUGUACUUUGGAAAUGCUACAUGCCCUCUCACUCGACGACGACUGCAUCCGGACGACUUUGAAGAAAAUGACGAAUUGCGCCAAGAAAUCAAAGAAUGGAAGACACGUGAACAAAGAAGCGAGGACACCAAUGUUGACUGCUGCAAGGACUGCGAAGACUUCUUGACGGUCGCCCCACGGAAAACUCGACCACACAAAGAGAUGACAAGUGCACGAGAAUCGCACAUUUUGAAUCUGAGAAACAGAGUACUGCUCAAGAGAGACGAACGAAUCAGGGCAUCAGGCGUAGCAGUCUAAUAAGAAACUAGCCAUCUUAGUACAAAACUUGCAUGUCGUCUACCGGCUGCUGUUCUGUCAGGCUAGCUGACUACGAUAUAUCAAUGAAGGGUUUGACACCAGAUGAACAAGAUGGGUCCUCUAAACCUUUAUAGAUACGCUGUACAAACAGCUAGAUAACCACUAGACGAUUUCAGCAGGGCCGACGCCGCCUACCGUAUCAGAGAUCUGGAUUGCUGGCAUCCUCCAUUUCCUUCUCGCUGAUGGAACUGAUAACACUCAUGUUGGUGCUGCCUCGUCGAUUGAGUCCGCCAGUCGAACCGGCCGACCAACCAGUCGAGAAGGACGCAUUCAACGCGUCCAUUUGAGCCAACGAAGUCUGUAACGCCAACAGGGCACCUUGGAGAGUGUGUGUGCUUCUUCGUCGGGCAUUGCCAAGGUUUGACGGGGAGAUCCCUGAGAUAAUCGGGGGCAGAGAGGUUUCUUCGUCUGACAUGUACCCAACAUAGAAGUUGCUCUUUUUCCCGACUCUCUUCUCGAGAAAGAACGCCUCUACCAGCCCUUUGCCUUUACAUUUAACCUUCCCUCGACUUUCAAAUUCAAAGUCCUCCUUGGAGACACAUUCGACUACCGUCCGUGUUACUUGGACCUGGGAUCACGAGCGACAAUAUCAGGAACACGGCGAAUUGAGCACCAAAACAGAAAACAACCAACCAACGUAGGCUAAUAACUUGACGUGACUUACUCUGGAAGGCAUACCGGUCGAUUCCAUCCGACUAGCCAGAUUUACAGAGUCUCCCCACAAAUCAUACAAGAAUCGCGACGUCCCCACCACUCCAGCGACCACCGGCCCUGUAUUGAUGCCAACUCGCAAAUCGAGCUUGUUGGUGGGAUUGUCGCCAUUGAAUUCGUUCAGAGCAUCGAUCAUGUCCAACGAGAAGUGGCACAUCGCUGCAGCAGCAUGGUCAGGGUCGUUAUGGUAGCUGGGGAUGGACGUUACCAUGUAGCAGUCUUCAUCAGAGCAAAGAAACUGCGUGAGUUGUGCCAAGCCAAGCAAACGAUGCAACAAACUUGUGGCGCUGUGGUGUCGUCCGCAGACGGUUGCAAGGACGUGGCUGCUCUGUAGACUACUCACCUCCGAUUGUCUUGACCUUGUUGAGGCCGUAGCGGUCAACAAGCGUGUCAAACCUCGUAAAGAGAUCAUUCAGCACCUUGACGAGAUCCACCGGUGACAUGGCUACGAGAAAUACAGAACCGAGAAGUGUGUGAGAGAGAGCAAUAAACUUAUGCAUUCCGUGGAGGCAAUGUCAACGAUUUAGUCUUACAGGCAGACAUAGCAGCUGUAGGGAACGCAAAAAAGAUGAGAUGAGAACAAACAAUACAGUGGCAUGCACGUUCAGAAGAAAGUAAUCAUCUUGGUCUUACUGAAUCCAACGAUGUCUACAUGAGCAAAACAACAUUUGGAGCAAAGUGAGUCAAUCAUGUUGUGCCGCCGAACGGAGAUAUGUAACUGUACGUACCAGCAAAGAGAAUUGUAGCCUUCUCGUGGUGAUCGGCAAUGUGUUGUGGGUCUAUCUUGAGACGCGACGCAAUCUCUUCAGGAAGCAUAUUGCACAGUAGCUCCUCAGCAGCACGAAUUUCGAUCUCCAACUCAGUUGCCUUUUUCUGGUCGGUCAUGUCACGGACAAAAGCAACUAACAGUGGCUCCUCGUCCUCAGUCUCAAUGCGUUCAAUGCCCAAGACAAGAGGGAAUUCAGACCCAUCUUUCCUUCUGCCAUACACUUCACGCAUAGACCCAAUGAUGUGAGUUUCCCCAGUUUCCCUAUAUGCUGCUAGGUAGUCAUCAUGAAAUUCCGCAUGGCCACCUGCUCGAACCGGAAAAGCAAGCAAGAGAAGCGUCAGAAAAAGCGAGCACGAUCAAUGUUGCGAGCAGCGUCCCACCAACCAAGUCUGUGGUGAAUCUUACCUCCAACAAUCAUCUUGAUAUUUUUACCCAGCAGCUCAUCAACACUGUCGUACCCAAAUGACGUAACAGAAGCUUUGUUCACCAUCUGGAUGAUUCCAAAUGUGUUGAGGGCAAACAUUGCAUCAAAUGAGGCGUCCAAGAUUGCUGCUCGUAUCUGUUGGUCUCGUAUUGCCUUCUUUUGCAAGCUCUCUGCAAGUUUGCGUUUGGUGAUGUCGCGUAUGAAGGCAACCAUCAGUGGAUUGUCUGAAUCAUCCCUCUCAACCCUUUGUAUUCCCACCACAGCUGGGAAUUCAGUUCCAUCCUUCCUCCUGGCAGACAGCUCCCUGAGAGUCCCAAUCAGCUUGGCUUCUCCUGUCUCUUUGUAUCUUCUCAAGUAUUCAUCAUGGAGCUUGCUGUGGCCACCACCUACAAUAGAGUUGACGUUUUGACCAACCAAUUCCUCCUCUGUAUCAUAGCCAAAGAUGCUCAGCGCUGCUUUAUUGACCAUCUCAAUCUUGCCAGCGAGGUCAAUGGCAAACAUAGAGUCAAAAGCAGCAUCAAGAAUUGCCGACCGCACUUUCUGGUCCUGUUGAGUCUUUUUCUGCAGCGUGAUAUCCCUGAUGAAAGCCACCAUCAGUGGAUUGUUUUUG